CAUAGACGAGUUGAAAUGACCAAGAAAAACAAACACCUGGUCAUUUCUAUGAAAUAUGUCAGCAGAGGCACACAUGGAAUUGAACUAUCUUUGUCUGCGGAGGGAGUUUCACGUUAUCUUUAUGCAAUCUAUCUCCGACUGCGGAGAAAUUCGUGUAUAAAAGCCACGCAUACGCUCACGCGGUCUCCUGUCGACCUAGUGGAACCAGACGAAAGGCUUUCAACAAUGAGGCACAUCAUCUUCAUCGUGGUCAUUUCCCUCGUUUUUGCACAACAUCACCACGAUAUAGCUCUAAUGGUGGACCAGGGCUUCCUGCGUCUUGACGUUAACCCUAAAGAUGGUCUCCUGGAAGAGGGUGAACUCUCCGGAGUUUUUAAACAAAGGGAUGUGGACGGCGACGGCCAGCUCUCGUUCGACGAGUUCUCAAACCACGCGGCGGAUAACCCGAUUCGACACGAACUUUUCAAUCACUUCGAUGCAAACAAAGAUGGAUUCCUCCAGAAAACUGAGACUGAUGCCAUUUAUGCAGCCAUGGAUCAAACUGGUGAUCACCAGGUGUCUCGACAUGAGUUUGACCACUACUAUACCCACAUAAUUCAACUCAUUAUUCAUCAGCAACAACAUGGACACCACGGGCGUUGAUGUGAAAUAAUUUUACAUAAAUACAGAGAAAAUUCGGGCAA